AGCUAUCGGAGUGUAAGGAAGUGAACGCGUCAAUGUCAAACAAGCUUCAAUCGCCAGUUUAAGCAGCCGGUAAAUAAAAGCAGACGGGAAGUAACUUGCAUUCAAAAUCAUAUGCGGUUUUAAACUGUUACACAGAAUUGAAGGCGCGGCUAUUGAGAUUCUCAGGAAACAUGAACGCUUUCUCUGGAAAGAAUGUGCUGUCUUUGUGCAGACAGACAACCAGGUCCGUCCGUGUGUUGGCCAACAGCACUCCUUCAGAUCUUCCUUUGGGUCAUGGGCUCACUAGGCCAUUACUAGGUCUACAAAGAGUGUGUCACUCGGCCUCAAACUCCAAACCUAGCAGCAUCAGGACCAAAAAACGGGGUUAUGACAUCACAAGGAACCCCCACCUUAAUAAGGGCAUGGCAUUUACUCUGGAGGAGAGGCUCCAGCUGGGUAUCCAUGGCCUUCUGCCUCCAUGCUUUCUCUCCCAAGAUGUCCAGGUGCUCCGUGUCAUGAAGAGCUAUGAGACACGUACCAACCCCCUUGACAAAUACAUUUUGCUGAUGACGCUACAGGACCGGAAUGAAAAGCUCUUUUAUCGUCUGUUGACCUCAGACAUUGAGGAGUUUAUGCCUAUAGUUUACACUCCCACUGUAGGACUGGCCUGCCAACAAUAUGGCCUGGCAUUCAGGAGACCACGAGGACUUUUUAUAACCAUUCAUGACAAGGGCCACAUAGCUACCAUGUUGAAUUCAUGGCCAGAGGAGAACAUCAAGGCCAUUGUGGUAACUGAUGGUGAAAGGAUCCUGGGGCUUGGGGACCUAGGUAGCUAUGGAAUGGGUAUUCCAGUGGGCAAGCUGGCUCUUUACACAGCCUGUGGUGGAGUGCAUCCUCAACAGUGCCUACCUGUGCUCCUGGAUGUGGGUACUGACAAUGAGACUCUUUUAAAUGAUCCCUUGUACAUUGGACUGAAGCACAAACGGGUGCGAGGAAAAGAAUAUGAUGACCUUAUUGAUGAGUUCAUGCAGGCAGUCACAGACAAGUACGGGAUGAACUGUCUGAUUCAGUUUGAAGAUUUUGCCAACAGCAAUGCUUUCCGCAUUCUUAACAAGUACCGCAAUCGUUACUGCACCUUCAAUGAUGACAUCCAAGGAACAGCAUCGGUGGCUGUUGCUGGGAUUCUUUCUGCUCUGAAGAUCACCAAAAACAAGCUGUCCGAUCACACUUUUGUGUUUCAAGGAGCAGGAGAGGCUGCUUUGGGCAUUGCUCAUCUGCUCACCAUGGCGAUGGCGAAGGAGGGGGUGUCCUAUGCUGAUGCUGUCAAGAGGAUCUGGAUGGUGGACUCUAAAGGACUAAUCGUAAAGGGCAGAAGUCACCUGAACCAUGAGAAGGAGGAGUUUGCCCAUGAGCAUCCUCAUGUAAAGACCCUGGAGGAGGUGGUGAAGACCAUUAAGCCUACAGCUAUUAUUGGUGUUGCUGCCAUUGCUGGAGCUUUCAAUGAGAAUAUUAUAAAGGACAUGGCAUCCUUCAAUGAAAGGCCCAUCAUAUUUGCUCUCAGCAAUCCCACCAGUAAAGCAGAGUGCACUGCAGAGCAGUGUUACACACUCACAGAGGGUCGUGGGAUCUUUGCCAGCGGUAGCCCUUUCACGAAGGUGACUCUUGCAGAUGGACGCAGUUUCUACCCAGGCCAGGGUAACAACGCUUAUGUGUUCCCUGGUGUUGCAUUGGGUGUUAUUGCCUGUGGGGUGCGUCAUAUAUCCGAUGACAUUUUCCUCACCACAGCAGAGGCGAUAGCUGAAAUGGUUACAGAGGAGCAUCUGGCGGAAGGCAGAUUAUACCCCCCUCUCAGCACAAUCAGAGAAGUGUCCUUCAAGAUAGCCGUGAAGAUUGUGGAUUAUGCUUAUAAACAUGAUAUUGCUUCAUUGUAUCCUGAGCCCAAGGAUAAAGAAGCCUUUGUGUUGUCACAUGUCUACAACUCUGACUAUGACUCCUUUACGAUGGACUCUUACACAUGGCCAAAUGAUGCUAUGAUGGUUCAAGAUGUGUAGUUUCUCUGGCUAAUAGUUUUUCUCUCAGAACUCUCAGAGGGAGCCAAAUAUCAGAACCAUGCCUCAGCUUUAUAUUCAUAAUCAUUUAUAUAUAUUUUUUGUUCUCGAUAUCUAGACCUUUGGGUAGAAAUUAAUUACCCCUCUCCUGAAAGAUUUCUGUUCGUAGCCUGAGUAAUUCAUUAUAUGCUGAAGCUGAAAGCUGUGGACAGAACAAAUUGCAGCAAAGUCCCCAAACAAGAGCACAGUAAUAUUAUAAAAUUAAUUUAAUUCAAUAUUAAAUUCAAACAUAAUUUUAUGCCGCUCCAUGAUUUGUGCCCCAAAUCAUAAGUUUGUCUCUGCACCGUAUUUGCCUCUUUUAAGCACUCCUUUUAUUCUUAUGAUUUUCCUACAGCAUUAUCUUCUUUUAAGUUACUAUUUACUGUUAUCUAUUUAGGGGUGUCAUAUUUGUGUACAGCUACUUCCAACAGGAACAAAAUAAAUACCUGUAAUGAGUUGAAGAUUUCCAUCAAGAAAAAUGUCCAUCAACCUUUACUCAUACUUUGGCCCUGUUCUGUUUUUUGCUGUUAUUGUCAAAUCCACUGUCUGUUCUGUCAUAUGGAUUUUGCCAAAGGAUGGCUUGUAUCAGAUGUAUGUAAGUACAGUAGCACUGAAUUAUUUGUUUAACUUUUAUGUACCCCAUAAGUUUUUAGUGGAAAGAUAAGAAAUUUGUAGAACCGUGCUGAAUGCAAGGAUCGUUGCUAUUAUCUGUUUAUGAACAUUCUAUGCUUAUUAGUAGUACACUACAAAUGAUUCUAUUUUCAGAUAUUCAAGGAAGGAUAAAUAACUGUUUUCAAUAAAUAAUAAAAGCACA